CCUCACGUUACAACUUUUCGCGCGGUGUCACAGGUAGAAUGAGCGCCACCCACUCCUGUCCCAUCUGUUUCCCUGAGCCACGCAAGCUAAUUAGAUGGAACCGCAGUGGGUCCGUAGUCGAUACAUGCAACAACAACGCCUCUGUGAUUAAGGUUAUUAACAGGGUUUCUAAGUGCGCGGCUAUGCCACUCAAACACUAUGAACAGCAGCAGUCAAACUGAACAGCACGAAUCUCAGUCAAGACCGCGCGGACUGCCCCGCCAAGAAUCUUUAGAGGCGUGGCUGUUGCCCCUUGCCUAUUGGAUAAAUCAAUUGUACGCGUCACAACAUCUAGAUGCUGAUUGGCUCGACUGAGUGAAACGCAUGAGAGCGCCAGAAAAAAAAGCUUUAGCGGGUGUUUUUGGUUGUAGCUAUUCCUGUUCAGUAAUGCAAUUCCAACACAAGUAACUUCAGCGGAACAGGAGAAGUUUUACAGCUGGAUAUUAGAAGAAAGCCCGCUUAUUUAAGAAAUUAAAGUUAUGUUGAUUUGAGUUAAACAACGUACCCCCAGUAAGUCUGUGCAAUUGGAGAUACUGUACGUUGGUAUUGACAACUUUAUCUUCUUACGUUACGUAGGAAACGCUGAAGAAGAUGGAAGUUGAAUGUCUAGCUUUGAGAGAUCUCAUAAGUCCAAAGAAGAGCAAAGCAGACAUGGAGGAAGUUGGAGGCAGAAAUUAUCAGAAGGAGAACAGAUGUGUCGAGCGAAGAAGAACCACCCCUCACAAGAUGGACACCACGGCCACCAUGCUGCUGUAUGGCAGUAAGCCUCCCACCCCGGAACACCUCCAGAGCACCCCUGUUAAGCCUUCUGAGCGGGGGGCCCCUCCCCACGCGGACCCCUGGACCCCCACGGCCAACCUCAGGAUGCUCAUCAGUGCUGCCAGCCCUGACAUCCGCGACAGAGAGAUGAAGAAGGUGCUGUUUAGGCCCAUUGAGAAUGAGAGAGCAGUGGAGGAUGUCGAGGUGGAUGGCCCGUGCCAGUUUGAUGUGGUGGACGAGGAGGAGGAAGAGGGGGAAAGGAAGCCCAGCAGGAAGCAGAAGAGCCUGGGCCUGCUGUGCCAGAAGUUCCUGGCCCUGUAUCCGGACUAUCCAACCUCUGACACCAUCAAUAUCUCAUUGGAUGAGGUGUCUACCAGCCUGGGGGUGGAGCGGCGGCGGAUCUACGACAUCGUAAACGUCCUGGAGUCUCUGAUGAUCGUGGGGCGCGUGGCUAAGAACCAGUACGUGUGGUACGGGCGGCGGCGCCUGGGGUCCACCCUGGCCGAGCUGCAGGGGAUAGGCAGACAGCAGCGCUACCACCUGCACAUGGAGCAGGCCGCGGAGGGUGGUCACAGAGAGGGAGCCACCACACACACCCCAGAGGAGGGAGGUGAAGGAGACUCCAGCUGUGCGGCCGCCAGCACGAGGAAAGACAAGUCCCUACGCAUCAUGAGUCAGAAGUUUGUCAUGCUCUUCCUGGUGUCCAGGACCCAGACGGUCACUCUGGACGUGGCUGCCAAAAUCCUCAUCGAGGAAAGCCAGGACCCCGCCAGCCACAGCAAGUACAAAACUAAGGUGCGGCGGCUGUAUGACAUCGCCAACGUCCUGACGAGUCUGGGAUUGAUCAAGAAGGUCCACGUCCGGGAGGAGAGGGGGAGGAAGCCUGCGUUCAAGUGGAUCGGCCCGGCAGACUUCCACAGCAGACAUGAGGACUCAGAGGCUGUAGCGGCCAUCGCUCUUCCGGAGGCCAUCGCUCUUCCGGGCGACAGGAAACAGAAGCUGGCACGCCAUGCCUCCUUCAAUGUGGUGCCCACCUCCGUGGCCAGCCAACGCCGUGUCAACUCGGCGCCCAGCAGCCCACGCAGAGAGGUCACGGGUCUGCUUCCCCAGUCAGUGGACUAUUCCAGAAGGUGUGUGAGCAACAGCGCUGUGUGCCGGCUGCAGUUUGGAACCACUGUUACAGGUGUCUCCCACCCCAGCGGCGGACUUCAGAGCCCCGCCCACAGUGACGGCAACUCCCUGCUCUGCUCCCCGGGCCUAGCCCCCCUGGCCGUGCCCGUCCACCCAGAGGGUUCAUACGUGGGACCCCUGUCCCCCCAUCCCCACCACAUGGCCUAUCUACCCAGCCUGUCCCAGGCCUCGGUGGUCAUGCUGUACGGAGGUCCGGAGGCGCAGGAUGGGCUUGACUGCUCCAGAGAGAACAUCCUGGAGAAGAGGAAGAAGGAUGAAGGAGUGGAGGAGAAGAGGGAGUCACCUGAGACAGAGCUAUCUGAAAAGAGAAGGAGAGUGGAGGGAAACAGCUGUCAGAUGACCACCAGCCCAAGGACCAGCUCCCUAGAGCACCCAGGGGGGCUAGUCAGGGAAGAGGCCCUAUUGAGAGUCCUCAGGGACGGGGAGGUGGACAGACAGAGCCCCCACAACAACCUGGUCCGGCCUUCACACUACCUCUAUGUGCCUAACUCUGCAGGUCUCAACAGUCUCAACUUCCUCCUCUCUGCUGGUCAGACGACAGGCGGCCUGACUCUACCUGCUGGCACCCUGCCCUAUGUCCUUGUGCCCUCCUCCACCCUCUCCCCCUACCCACUCAUGGCCAACAGGGGCGAUGCCAAUCUCAAUUUCAACAUGUCCACCAUGAUGUCCCCCGCCUGCUUCGUGGUGGGAUCCGCCGGGCCCUACACAGUGGCCGGAGCCCCGGAGUUCAAUGGGGUGGCAGUGGCGCCGGCCCUCUCCAGUCCAGAGCAGCACCCGCUAUUCGGGUCGGCACCCAUACCUUCACAUUCUCCCUUGGAGACCAGGCCGCCUCUGACCUUCAUCCAGACAGAGACACAGACACCACAGACUCCCAAGGAGGCGGCAGCUGGCGGUGGCUCCAAGGCCUUCUUCCAGACGCCAGGGACCCUGGGAACAGCCACCACAACCCCCGUGGCCCGCCGACGAGGCUCCGCCCAGAGGAGGCUGGACAUCGGCCAACCACUGACCAAUUAGAAGUCUGGGGACCUUUUAGAGUGGGCGUGGCUGUUAGCUAUAACCUGAAAGGCUGCCUAGUGGCCUGAGAGGAACGGACAAAUGUUGCUCUCUGGCUAAACAUGCUCUGACUGCGCUAGCUUUGGCUUUACUCCCCACGCUCUGACUCUCAGGGUAUCUGUUCUGUAUGACCGAACU